CAUCCACCCCCUUUCACUGCUUAUAAUUCAAGAAGAAGACAGACAUAUCAGAUGGGUUCUGAAAUGGUAAUGGUGGAUGGAAUCCCAUUCCCACCUCAUGUUAACUUGAACAAUAAUACCCAGCUAUCACUGAUGGGUCAUGGGAUAACUGAUAUUGAGAUCCAUUUCCUCCAAAUAAAGUUCACAGCAAUUGGGGUUUAUUUGGACCCUGAAAUUGUGUCACAUUUACAGAAAUGGAAGGGCAAAACACCAGCUGAUCUCUCUCAAGAUGAUGACUUCUUUGAAGCUGUGAUUGAGGCGGCAACAGAUGCGGUAUUGAGAGUGGUAGUGAUAAAGGAAAUAAAAGGGUCACAGUAUGUGUUGCAGCUGGAGAGUGCUGUGAGGGACUUCUUGGCUGAGGCUGAUUUGUUUGAAGAUGAAGAGGAAGCUGCCCUUGAAAAACUUGUCACCUUUUUUCAGUCCAAAUACUUCAAGCAAAACUCCGUCAUCACUUUUUCGUUCCCCCAAAACGUGCCAUCGAAGAUUGUGGUGUCCACGGAGGGGAAGGACGAGUCAACGAUUGAAGUGGGGAAUGCAAAUGUGGCUAGGAUGAUCAAGAAAUGGUACAUGGGUGGAACGAGGGCGGUGUCUCCUAGUACGAUCUCUUCCUUGGCUAAGACUUUGGCCAUUGUCUAAGUCAAUGCAUGUCAUGGUUUCAAUUCCAAUUAUGUUCCUUUGCAAUUCAAAUAAUGUAUGUUUGCUUGUGGUUGUGUAGUUUUUGGGCUUUUGGCUCAUAUCUUGGCUAUAGUGUUUGUUAGUGGGAAGUUUGAUCCAAAAUAAAUGACUAAUUGCUUUUACUUAUAUUGAUGUUUGUGUUAUUCAUUGAUUGGAAAAGAUACUAGAAAAUCUCAAAAUGUUUAGAACAUUAUUGGGAUUUUUG